AGGUACAGAGAAAGGCUACCUUGUGUGGAUAUCUUUGUAUGCACCGCAGACCCAGAAUCAGAGCCACCGAGUCUUGUCAUCUCCACCAUCCUAUCGGUCAUGGCAUAUAAUUACCCAGCCGAGAAAAUAAGUGUGUAUCUUUCCGACGACGGAGGUUCGGUUCUCACUUUCUAUGCCCUCUGGGAGGCAUCCUUGUUUGCAAAGCAUUGGCUACCAUUCUGCAAGAGAUAUAACAUUGAGCCAAGGUCACCAGCUGCUUACUUUUCGAGUCGAGAUAGGCAUCAAGAUUUGUGCACCCCAAAAGAAUGGUCAUUUAUCAGGAACAUGUAUGAAGAAAUGACUGAGCGAAUAAAUACAGCUGCCAUGUCAGGUAAAAUUCCUGAAGAAAUCAAAGCAAAUCAUAAAGGAUUUCACGAAUGGAAUCAAGAAACUACCUCCAAAAAUCACCAGCCAAUUGUUCAGCUUCUGAUAGAUGGAAAAAACGGAAAUGCAGUUGAUAGUGAAGGAGAUGUGCUACCAACACUUGUGUACAUGUCCCGCGAGAAGCGACCUCAGUACCCCCAUAACUUCAAAGCUGGGGCAAUGAAUGCUUUGAUAAGAGUAUCAUCGAUGAUAAGCAACAGCCCUAUCAUCAUGAAUGUGGACUGUGAUAUGUAUUCCAACAAUUGCAAUACGAUCAGAGAUGCACUGUGCUUCUUCCUUGACGAAGAAAUGGGUCACAAGGUUGGAUUUGUGCAAUACCCUCAGAACUAUAACAAUUUGACCAAGAAUAACAUAUACGGGAAUUCCCACCAAGUCACCAAUCAGGUGUUGAUGGGUGGUAUGGAUAGUGUGGGUGGCCCUAUGUAUGUUGGCACUGGAUGUUUCCACAGAAGGGAGAUCCUUUGUGGAAGGAGGUUCACCGAAGACUACCAAGAAGACUGGAAGAGAGGAAUAAUGGACAAAACACAAGAGAGCACAGAUGAGAUUGAAGAGAAAGCGAAGUCUUUAGCAGCCUGCAUGUAUGAACAUGGAACGCUGUGGGGAGAUGAGAUUGGGUUAAAAUAUGGUUACCCAGCAGAGGAUAUAAUCACCGGAUUGGCAAUACAUUGCAGAGGAUGGAUGUCAGUCCAUAACAAUCCUCCAAGGCCAGCAUUUCUGGGUGUAGCUCCAACAACACUUGCUCAAACUCUACUACAACACAAACGAUGGAGUGAUGGUGCUUUCUCGAUUUUUCUUUCAAAUUACUGCCCCUUCUUGUUUGGGCAUGGAAAAAUCAAGUUACUACAUCAAAUGGGCUACUCAAUCUAUGGAUUAUGGGCACCCAAUUCGCUCCCUACACUAUAUUAUGUUAUCAUCCCUUCACUAGCUCUCCUCAAAGGCACCUCCUUGUUCCCAGAGAUUACGAGUCCAUGGAUCACGCCCUUCAUGUAUGUCUUCUGUGUGAAGAACAUGUACAGCCUAUAUGAGGCAUUAUCAUGUGGAGACACAUUAAAGGGAUGGUGGAAUGAACAAAGAAUGUGGAUGGUUAGGAGAAUAACCUCAUAUCUCUAUGGCCUCAUUGACACUGCCCGGAAGUUACUAGGACUGUCGAAGAUGGCAUUUGCAGUUACGUCAAAGGUAAGUGAAGAAGAUGAAUCUAAAAAGUACGAGCAAGAAAUCAUGGAAUUUGGGUCAGCAAGUCAAGAAUAUGUGAUCAUUGCAACUGCCGCAUUACUCAACCUCAUUUGUCUGGUCGGAGGGCUUAGUCAAAUCAUCACAGGUGGCUGGAAUAUACUCUUGAAUGUCUUCUUCCCCCAGCUUAUUCUCUGUGGAAUGCUAGUGAUCACCAAUAUUCCAUUCUAUGAAGCAAUGUUCAUGAGGAAGGACAAAGGCAGAAUACCAUUCUCAAUUACAUUAGCUUCUAUUGGCUUUGCGGCGUUGGUCCUCCUGAUACCAAUAGUUUAAGGUCCCACAAGAGGCAUCGGUGUCUA